UUCCGCUGACACCAGAUGGCCGCUGAUAUAUAGAAGCAGCUGAUGCAACACUUGCUUGAGAUAACACCGGCAUCAGGUCACAAGCUGAGGAGCCGCUCGCAGGACGAAACAGCAUCAGGACCCACGCUCAGGAUUCUCUUUGUGGCUGCUUCCUCUCACAUACCAUCAUGCCUGUCAUCAGACUCUUCAGCAAGGUGGCCAAGCAGGCCCUCAGCACCCCGGGGUGCAGCUGUCAGCCCCUGACGGUGGCCGUGCGCAACAUCAGCUUCUCCCCUCGUCAGGUGACGUCCGACGCCAGUUUCCACUCUGUGUCCUUCUCGGAAACAGACCACCCCAAGGUGCUCAUUACAGGAGGUCUCGGUCAGCUCGGGGUGGGGCUCGCCAAAUUGUUAAGGAAGAGGUUUGGAAAGAACAACGUCAUCCUGUCUGACAUCAGAAAACCUCCGAGCAGCGUUUUCCACAGCGGUCCCUUCAUCUACUCUGACAUCCUCGACUACAAGAACCUGAGGGAAAUCGUGGUGAACAAUCGCAUCACUUGGCUCUUUCACUACAGCGCUCUCCUCAGCGCUGUCGGCGAGGCUAACGUGGCCCUGGCUCGUUCUGUGAACAUCACCGGGCUUCACAACAUCCUGGACAUCGCAGCGGAGCAUGGCCUACGCCUGUUUGUCCCCAGCACCAUCGGAGCCUUUGGUCCCACCUCACCCCGUAACCCUACGCCAGAUCUCUGUGUGCAGAGGCCCCGCACCAUCUAUGGCGUCUCCAAAGUUCACGCUGAGCUGAUGGGAGAGUACUACCACCACCGCUACGGACUAGACUUCCGCUGUCUGCGCUACCCAGGAAUCAUCUCUGCUGACUCCGUCCCUGGAGGUGGCACAACAGACUACGCCGUCCAGAUUUUCCACGACGCGAUCAAAAGCGGCAAGUUUGAGUGCAACUUGAAAGCUGACACGAGGCUGCCCAUGAUGUACAUCGACGACUGCCUCCGCGCCACUCUGGGGGUGAUGGAGGCGCCGGCUGACACGCUGAGCAUGAGGACAUACAACAUCAACGCCAUGAGCUUCACCCCCGAGGAGCUGGCCCAGGAGCUGCAGAAGCAGAUGCCUGAGCUGGAGGUCACGUAUGAUGUCGACCACGUAAGACAGGCAAUCGCUGACAGUUGGCCAAUGAACUUCGAUGACUCCAACGCGCGGAAGGACUGGGGCUGGAAACACGACUACGACCUCCCGGAACUCGUCCAGACAAUGCUCAACUACUUAGGCGCAGACACGCUCAUGGCUCGUGCUAACUGAGCGCAGCAUUGGUCUUUGAGUGUUCUUUGAACAGAGAAUAUAGACUGACCAAAGAGAAUUAGAGGAACGUGGCUUGUACAUAGUUGCUCUCUCACUUCUCUCUGUAAAAUCAGAAGGGCUCUGCUUGCCUGGCACAAGGCUAUCGUGUCUCCAGAAUGUAGAAGUCGACGCAGGCUAGACAAUCCUCCCUGCUCCUGCCUAUCUACCCCUGCUCCGCUCUCCUUCCCCUUCUUUCUGCUCGGACAUUUGGACGAAGAGCAGUCUUGUCAGCGGAAGCUUCACAGCAACAUCCAGUAUCGACAUCCCCUGUUAAAGCUUGUAUGGAUAAAUGAUGGCUUUGCAUGUUAAUGAAUUGUCAAAGAUGUUUGUGAAUGAUUUCUGGGUAGAAAAAGAAGCAAGUCAAACAGGAAAUGUUGUAUUGUGUAUUUGUUUUCUUCAGAAAAACAAAAAAGUCAGGGUCCUCGUCUUGCUAAAUUUCCAUGGAUGUAAGAAAAUCUACAUUUGAGCGACUAAAAGUUCCUGGGGGUUAAAUCAAGUUACUUUUGAUUGUGGGUUAUUCAAAUACACAAAUUGUUUUCUUGCACUUUAGAUGAAUCUCUGUCUGACUGAGUAAAAUGAGCCUGUGGGGGCAGUUUCUGUGCAUCUGUGUUUAGAGCAGCGCGGAAUGGUAAUUCUUAAGAAUUGUUCUUCUGUUUAUUCCACGUAAUAUUAUUUAUUCUGUCUCUUGGUGUUUAAUGUGUGGGAGCUUCAUUGAGUAUUUCUUAAAAAACAUUUUUUCUAAGUUUCUGUGCAUUUUUUUUGUUAUAUUUUUUCCCCUCCAUCAACUGUGAUUUCUUUUGACACAAAAGGGAAAUAUGAUACUGUACACCACAUUUACAUUCAGCCACAGUUUGUGGUUUCUGUUCAACUUUCUGUAAAAUAAAUAUUUGUUUCUAUGAAA